AUACCGGUGCCGCUCGCUCUGAGGCCUGCUCUGGUCGUGGCGGACGCAGCUCGCUGAUCCCGAUCGCGAACCAGACCGCUCCUGUCGUGUGGCAACAGUGCGGACGCAGCACGGCGGAUGAAGAUGCGCGACGUCCUCCUCGGCAUCCUCAUCGGCGCCGCCGGCGCCGCCGCGCUCACGCGGCGGCGCAAGCUCAAGCAUCGGGGCGGGGGCGACUGGUACCCCGGCAAAAAUCCACCUGUCGAGGGGUCCUGCAUUUUACCUUUUGAGUACAUGGAGGCUUUUAUGUUGGCGGUCUUCGAGGGUUUAGGAGUACCAGCAAAGGAAGCGAAGAUUUGCGCCGACGUGCUCAUCGAGGCGGACAAGCGCGGCAUCGACAGCCACGGUAUUGGAAGAUUGAAGCCGAUCUACUGCGACCGCGUCGACCAGGGCAUCCUCAAACCCAUUGCGCCCAUUACGAUCGUGCAAGAAACGCAAGCUUCCGCACUAGUAGAUGGCAAUCUGGGAUUGGGGUUGUACGUGGGCCCCUACUGCAUGGAUUUGGCGAUCAAAAAAGCCAAAGAAUGUGGAGUAGGAGUUGUUAUUGCCCAGAGGUCCACCCAUUACGGCAUCGCCGGAUACUACGCCACCAUGGCAACACAAAAGGGUUGUGUGGGUUUCUCCACCACAAACGCGAGACCAUCCAUCGCGCCGACCUUUGGGGUGGAGGGCAUGCUGGGAACGAACCCUUUAUGUUUUGGCAUUCCGACAGACGAGGCCUUUCCCUUUGUUAUUGACUGUGCUACCUCAGUAAAUCAGCGGGGCAAGAUCGAGAGAUAUGGACGCGAGGGCAAAGCUACACCGAGAGGGUGCGUCGUGGACAUCGAGGGCAAGGAGCGGACCGAUACCCAAGGUAUCCUGGAGGACAUGGUCCUCGGCAAGGCGGCGCUGUGUCCUUUGGGGGGCGCGGGCGAAGACCUGGGCGGCUACAAGGGCUACGGCUGGGCCACGGCCGUGGAAUUACUGUGCACGGCGUUCCAGAGCGGCCCGUGGGGCGAGGAGAUCUGCGGGGUGGAUCGGGCGACGGGCGCGAAGAAGCCCAUGCCUUUGGGUCAUGUGUUUAUGGCCAUCGACGUCGAGCCUCUCAUAGGCUUGGACAAGUUCAAGGCCAACGCCGGCGAAUUACUAAGGGGGUUGCGGGCGUCGACGAAGGACCCCAACGGCCCUGGUAAAAUCUGGACGGCCGGCGAGCCGGAACAUGAUGCAUUCUUAGAUCGUACAAAACAGGGCGGGUUCUGGGUGCCUCCUGCGUUACAAAAGCACAUGGUCGAGCUGCGGGCUUCCAAACUAUCCCCGGAACAACAGGAGAGGUUCACGCCGUUCCCCUUCGAGAAGUAGAUUGUACUAGGAGGACGCGUAAAUUCCCUUUGAGUCG